CUCUUAAGAUUUCUCUUAUUGAGUUUAUUCUGGAAGUUAUAAUGGGGCGAUUUCUUCUUUUUUUUUAAUAUAUAAAAAAAAUUAUUCUGACUAAUUUUUAGAGAUUUUUACACCUCAUGUCAAAAUUGACAUCUUUUUUACAUUUUUAUCAAUACACGGUUUUUUAAACUUUUUUAACUUUUACAUUUUUCAAUUUUACUUUUCAAAAAGUUUCAUAAUUACAAUUUUACCUUUUCCCUUCUUCCUUACACACGUACACGCACGCCACCUCAUAACUCCUUUUUUAUUUUUUUUUUUUGAAUUUUUCAUUUAUCUGAUUCUUCCACUCUUCAAACCGAGCUUCCCACGAUCACCAUUCUCAAGCCCUAACCCAUUUCUUCUUCCCACGAUCACCUUCUCCAAGCCCUCACCCACGUUUUCCUCAACCUACAUUGUCAUCCUCCACUAUCUUUUUUCUAUAUAAAUGGCAACCACUAGAAGUGGUUCGAAAUCACCAUCUCCGGCGAAGAAACUUUCUAAAAAAUCGAAGAAGCCUCCAACUGUUACUUCCAAAGUCGAAGCUAAGAUGGGGUUAAAAAAAAUUGCUAAAAAUUUAGUGGGUGAUGUUCCAGAGACAUCGGGCACUAAGAAAAGAGCCCUUCCAGUUAAGGCCGAUGCUCAUAAGCCUAAGAGAGCAAAAAUUUCCAAGUCUGCACGCGAUGUAAGUUUCUCUUUGUUGUUUUUAAAUUUUUCUUUAGUUUUUUUCUGGUUGUUUUAUUUGUGGUGUUACAUUUGAUGAUUUAAAGUUUUCCCCAUUUUUUGUUCUAGGUUUCCUCAGAUUCUGAUUUUGAGGAUGAAGUGCAUGCUGAGGACCAAAAGCCUAAAGUUAAAUCGAAGGUCCAUGCUAGGACCUCAGAGAAGGUUGAAGGAUUUGACUUACCAAAGAAAAAUCCCCCUAAGGUGUCCUUUUUUUUAAAAAAAAAUUAUUUUUAUUAUUUGUUUUCUGUUUUUGUUUUAGUUUUUUUUUUGUUUUUGUCCUGAUUUAUUUUGUUUCAAUUGAUACAGGAAUGAGAUUAUAUUUAUGACCAGAAGAAUCUCUUCAUUGCGAAAGCCUUUUCGACUGCUACUUUCCAGGUGAUAGAGAACAUUAAGUCUUGUCUUUCAGAUGUACAGCUUGAAAUGUUUUCCAAAACCUGUUUUGGACAUUUCCUUAACCUUCCUGAUUUUAAAGUUCAACCCCAAGUGUUUCAUGGGUUGUUGCUCCGGGAGGUUCAGCAACCUAAUGAUGCUGAGUUGUGGGUAAUGAUACGCGGUGUUAGGCUUAGGUUUAGCAUUGAGGAGUUUACUUUGAUUACUGGGUUAGACUGUGAAGGUGACUGUAGUGUUUUAGAUUUUAAGCAAGACGUUAAUAGUCUUUGUGAAAAAUAUUGGCCAACUUCGUCCUCUAUCACUAAGGAAUCUGUUAGGGAAUGUUUUACCACCAAGAGGUGGGGUGAUUCUGAUGAGGAUGCUGUGAAGUUGGCAGUUUUGUAUUUUGUGGAGUGGUUCUUGCUUAGUGGCACUAAGCAUAAAAAUGUACCUAAGUCUAUUUUAGAUGUUGUAGAUAGUGGGAGGUACAAUGAAUUUGCUUGGGGCCGGAGUUCUUUUGAAUUGACUAUUUCCUCAUUGAAGGGUAAGCUUGAUAGUUGGGUUGAGGGUGUUAGGAAGGCAAGGAGUUCGGGAAAGAGGCCGAGUGUUUUUUACACUUUGAUUGGUUGUCCUCAUGUUCUUCAAAUUUGGUUCUACGAGUGUUGUAAGUACAUGAAAGGUAAGUACUGCCAAAAGGAAAACUCUCGUAUUCCAAGGAUCACUCAGUGGACAUGCAAUAGUCAGCCUACUUUCAAAGUUUUGAAGACUACUAUUUUUGAUGUUUCCAAAGAUAAGCUGCAACUUUCAAAUAUGAGGCCCACGACUGGUGAGUUCAAAGCUUUGAAACUGAGCAGUUUCAAGUUUGACACUGACUACAACUCUUACAAGAGUCUUCCUGUUCCCGAAGAGCCAACUGUUGCUCAGAGUGACAUUUCUGUCAAGCUUGAUGCUUUUUCUGAGAAAUUUGAUGGGUUGGAGGUCAAGAUCGAUUUGUUGCAUACUUCCCAACAGAAGAUUUCAUCUGAUUUGGUUGAGUUGAAAGAGUUUGUGUCUGCACAGUUUGUUUCUUUUGGUGCUCAGAUGGCUUCAAUGCAGACACAGUUUUCUACUGUUUUUGCCGAUUCCUAUGCCAAGGUAUUUUAGUUUUUCAAUAGUUGUUUUUCGGUUUUUUUUGAGUUGUUUUAUACUAAUUUAAAUUGUAAUUUCAAUAUAGGACAAAGGCAGUGACUCUUCCAA